UCAAAAUCUGAUGCAGGAGAGAAGCUACUUUGUGAGCUGGGCUACAGGCGAUUAGGGGAGGGCAGCUUCUCCAAGGUGAAAGCAGCCACCUGCAACAAAUACAAAGGCCCCUUAGUCAUCAAGGUGGUGGACUGACAAGAAGCACCCCCAGCCUUCACAUACAAGUUUCUGCCCCGGGACUUCUCCAUCAUGCACAAUAUCUGGCACCCCAACAUCAUGCGCAUCUUCGAGCCCAUCAGAGUCUGCAGUGGGAAGCUCUGCAUCAUGAUGGAGGCAGCAGCUACUGUCCUGCUGCAGCUGGUGCAGCAGCUGGGGAAGCUGCCCUGGGUCCCCAAGGUCUGGGACAUCUUUGUAUAGGUCAUGGGGCCCAUAUUCCACCUGCACAACUACAACUUGGUACACCAGAAUCUCAAGUGUGAGAACAUGCUGCUCACCGCUGAUGGCCACCAGACCAAGCUUAGUGACUUUAGUUUUAGUAAGGAGGCCAACAGCUACCUGGACUUGAACACCACAUUCUGCAGAUCAGCAGCCUAUGCUUCCCCGAAGGUCCUGAUGGGCAUCCCCUACAACGCCAAGAAGUGUGACAUGUUGCUCUAUGUGAUAGUGGCCGGCUAUACACCCUUUGAUGCUGCCAACAUCCGCAGCAUACCCCAGCAUCAGAAGAAAGAGGGGCUGUGCCUGGAGGGGCUGCCCCCACUGCUGGUGCCCUACCAAGCCCUCACUGCCCAACUGCUCCGGUUCAGCCCGGCCUCCCAUCCUGGCAUCGGGCAAGUGGCCAAGAUCAGCUGGAUGAAGAGGGACAUCUUAAUGAGGAAGCCCUCCUCCCCAGAGAACUCAGGAGAGCAGAAAUGGGUUUGUACAAUCAGUGCUGCAGUGGAAAAGCGUUUCUGUGGUUUAUUGAUCGCUCUGAGCCCUGGGGUGCCUGUAUGUGGAACUGACUGA